UUAUUAUUGAUUGCAUAUACAAUAAAAUGGAAUUUUCACAAAAAAUAAAAUUAUCAGAUUGUUUGAUUGUAUUAUCAGAAACUUAGAAUUAUAUCAGAGAGCAGUCAGUUUUUAGUAACACAAAGUGAAAUUUUGUACAAUAAUACUGAAUUUGUUUGAGAAACUGCUAAACAUUUAUGAAAAUGAUCGAUCAAGAACACCUUAAUUGUAUUAUUAUUCGCAAAAACAAAUAUGGUUAUUAUAACAAGGCUUAUAUAAUAACCACAUUUUGUCAGAGUAUGUUAUGUCAUGAUAAAAAUUAUUGUUGUAAAACUAAUAUUUAGAUACUAGAACCACUUCUCAGAAGUUUUUACAUGCUUAUAAAAACAAUUAUGCCUAUUAGUUUUUACAUUAAAUUAUUAAGUAUGAACUUGAAUACUUUAAAUUUUGUUAGUAUGGAGAACUCAUAAUAAUUUAAGUAUUUGGAGAAUAUUUGA